GAAGCAGCCACUUCCUUUACCUUCAAUAUCCAAUCACCAUGAACUACUUGUUCGGGUCCGGAGCAACACCAGCAACGGAGGAACAAGUCAAGCCCGAGGAGCCUGCGUACCCCACUGCCAACGACGUAGACUUCGAGGCCUAUGGCAAAGAAAGCAUCCAGAUUCUUCUCAACCGGCACACGGGAGAUGACAAAGUGACCACGUGGGAAAUCGUGGACGACGCAGACGGAGUGAAGGUCUGGCGAGGAGCCGUGGAAGAAUGCGACUGGUGUCCAUUCCGUGCCGCGCGCCGUAUCGACGCUGACAAGCGCGUGAUUGAGCAGGUCCUGUUGGACCCGAACCGCACGCUUGAGCUUGACGAGAUGAUGGAGGGCAUCGUGACUCUGCGCGACAUUGGCGAGUCCAACCACCUAGCCUUCCGUCAGAUCACCAGCAAGGGCCAGUUUCCUAUCUACGGUCGUGAGUUCUUGGUGGUCACGUACGCUACUACGCUAGAGGACGGCCGUGUUGUCAUCGCCACGCGCUCUGUGAACGUGGCGGAAGUGGCUCCUCUUGAUGGCUAUGUGCGCGCCCACAUCUACAUUUCGGGCUACAUCAUUGAGGAGCUCAAGGAAGACAACAGCAACGUGUACUGCGUCGUGACGCUCCUUGCACACGCCGAUUUGGCCGGCUACAUCCCACCCAGCAUCAUCAACAUGCUGGGUACGUCUUCGACCGUCAAGGUCCUUGAAAACUUGGAGACCAUUGUGACAACCAAGUAA